CCAGAAGAGCCGCAAGAAGUUCUGAGCGCUGAAGGUUCACAGGAGACUUAGCUAUUCAGUCUGCACACUUUCUAGGUCAUCCAGCUUCACUGAAAAAAACCAUGGACCACCUGGAAAACUCCACAGCAUCCCCCAAACGCCUCACACAGAGCACCGUGCGCUCCCUGGCGGACAAAGGCGACGGGAACGCGUACCUGUACAUACUAAUAGUCAUGUCUUUCUAUGGCAUCUUCCUCUGUGGCAUAAUGCUGGGCUACCUGCGCUCCAAGAGGCGUGAGAAGAGAAGGAUAAACGUCUUUACCCGGCUUGUGCAUGAGGAGGAGAAACGGGAGUGGGGUGCACUGCCCAAAAAACACAGCCUGACCUUCCCUGCAGCCGUGUCGGUGCAGCUCUCCCUGCCCUUCUGUGGGAACCACGGGACCCACUUUGGGCACCUGCAGGCCGCGGGUUCGAUGCCCUCUCCGCUGGCCUGUGCGCUUUGCACGGAGCAGAGCAGCAUCAGCUCUCUGUGCUCCUCCUCCGCAGACGCACGCAUCGCCAUAGAGGAGGAAUCGGACGGUGGUGCGGUGGAGGGGUCGGAGGAUGACUCUGGAUGAAGUCCUAUAAAAAAAGGAACAACCCUCCACGGCCAGACUGAGCAGAAACACCACCUGCAGAGGAAAGCAGGUGGUGCAAACAGAGGCAGUCCAACCAUCAGCAGUGCAAAUCAAAUCAUCAUCACCUAUGAUAUGAUAUCCAUAAAAAGAGCUUGGACAAGACAAACAAGACUAUGAGGACGGUGUGAUGUGUGUUAGACCGUAGUGAGGGGGGGGCAAUGCUCCAGAAUAUUCUUUAUUGUAAAGUUUCUGAAUGUGAUAUUUUAGGAGAAUAAGAGCAAAGUUCUGACCCAAAGCCACACCUACAUGUAGUAGCAAGAGUCAGGUUUUAAAUGGCAACAGAAUCUAAUGGUACUGUGACAAAAGGCAUGCCCAAUGAUGUAACUGUUCAAUUGUAUACAACUUUAUUCAUCCCUGCAAGGAUGCAGCAGCUCACUAACCAUGUCAACACACACACACACACACACACACACACACACACACACACACACACACACACACACACACACACACACACACACACACACACUUAUAGCUGCUGGAAUCAUGAAUGAACAUACAAAUAUCACAAGUAGUGCUCCCUACAAAAUAAUACAAUAUGCAUAUACAUUAUAAAAUCAACACUGUUUACUAUGAUGCUUCACUAUGUCAUUGUUUAACCAUGGCUCGGUGGUGACCCCUCCCUGCUGGAGAACCAGCUCUUUGCUUUCUGCUGAUGACUCACCCUGCAGGGGGCUGACGGAGAGACUGGCUCUUUUUUUUUUUUUUGGGGCUUUCUUUUUGGACUGAACUUGACUUGCUCUUGGCAAACACGGUCUUGAGUAUUGAAACGUACCUGGAACCCACUUGAAAGAUUGUCUAAACUAUAUAGAAAAAUGUGUUUCUUGUAUAGUUCUGUGAUCGGCACUGUUCCCACACAGUCAAUGAUGUAGAGGUUUACUUGAGGAAAUGCACUGUGCAUAUUGUUUUUUGUAUGUGUUUUUGCUUCAUGAGGCUUGA